UCCCCAGCUCCCGCCGCGGCCCGGGCUCCCCCGCCGGCCUCGGGGUCACGGGCCCCUCGCGCCGCGUGCGGCUCCCGGGCUCCACUUUCACUUUCGCUCUCGGGCCGGUGCAGCAGGCGGCGGCGGGCGGCGGAGCGGCUGGGACCCGGGCCCCAGGGUAGAUUGAACAAAGAAGAUGGUAUCUCUGUCCAGCAAAUGGUCACUUAGAACCAUGUCAUUUCUACCUUCCUCACUGCUGAUCCUCUUAAUUGUGCCAACUCCUUCCUGGUGUCAGAGUAGUGGCACUAUGCCUCCAAAAACGAGUGAUGGGACCCUGUUUCCUUGGGAUAAGAUGAGACUUCCUGAGCACAUCAUCCCAGUUCACUAUGAUCUCCUGAUCCAUGCCAAUCUCACCACGCUGACCUUCGAGGGGACCUCGGCAAUCAGCAUCACAGCCAGCCAGCCCACCAGCGCCAUCAUCCUGCAUAGUCAGCACCUGCAGAUUCUGAAAGCCACCCUCAGGAAGGGAGCUGGAGACAUGCCCUCUGAAGAACCGCUGCGAGUCCUGGAAUACCCACCUCGUGAGCAAAUCGCACUUCUGGCUCCCACACCUCUGGAGGUUGGGCUCCCAUACACAGUUGUCCUUGAUUAUGCUGGCAAUCUUUCUGAGAGCUUCCACGGAUUUUAUAAAAGCACCUACAGAACCAAGGAAGGGGAAGUGAGGAUUCUCGCAUCAACACAGUUUGAACCUACUGCAGCCAGAAUGGCCUUUCCCUGCUUCGAUGAACCUGCCUUCAAAGCGAGUUUUUCCAUCAGGAUCAGAAGGGAGCCGAGGCACCUCGCCAUCUCCAAUAUGCCCCUGGUUAAGUCGGAGCCUAUUGCUGAAGGACUCAUAGAAGACCAUUUUGAUGUCACUGUCAAGAUGAGCACCUACCUCGUGGCCUUCAUUAUUUCGGACUUUAAGUCUGUCAGCAAGAUGACCAAGAGCGGAGUCAAGGUGUCCGUGUAUGCCGUGCCAGACAAGAUCAAUCAGGCAGACUAUGCACUGGAUGCUGCAGUGACUCUUCUGGAAUUUUAUGAGGAUUAUUUUAGCAUUCCGUAUCCCUUACCCAAACAAGAUCUUGCUGCUAUUCCUGACUUUCAGUCUGGUGCUAUGGAAAACUGGGGACUGACAACAUAUCGGGAAUCUUCUCUCUUGUUUGAUGUGGAAAAGGCUUCUGCAUCAAGCAAGCUUGGCAUCACAAUGACCGUGUCCCAUGAGCUCGCCCACCAGUGGUUUGGGAACCUGGUCACUAUGGAAUGGUGGAAUGAUCUAUGGCUCAAUGAGGGAUUUGCCAAGUUUAUGGAGUUUGUGUCUGUCAGUGUGACUCAUCCAGAACUGAAAGUUGAAGAUUAUUUUCUUGGCAAGUGUUUUGAUGCAAUGGAGGUAGACGCAUUGAAUUCCUCACACCCUGUGUCCACACCCGUGGAGAAUCCCGCUCAGAUUCGGGAGAUGUUUGAUGAGGUUUCUUAUGAUAAGGGAUCUUGUAUUCUGAAUAUGCUUAGAGAUUAUAUUAGUGCCGAUACAUUUAAACGUGGUAUUGUACAUUAUCUCCAGACGUAUAGUUAUAAAAACACAAAAAACGAGGACCUGUGGAACAGUAUGGCAAGCAUUUGCCCUACAGACGGCUCACAAAGGAUGGAGGGCUUUUGCUCUCGGGGUCAACCUUCAUCUUCAUCCUCACACUGGCAACAGGAAGGCCUUGAUGUGAAAACCAUGAUGAACACCUGGACGCUGCAGAAGGGCUUUCCCCUGAUCACCGUCACCAUGAAGGGGAGGAAUGUCCACCUGAAGCAAGAGCACUACAUGAAAGGCUCUGAGGGCAGCCCGGAAUCUGGGUACCUGUGGCACGUUCCAUUGACGUUCAUCACCAGCAAAUCAGAAUCGGCCCAGAAAUUUUUGCUGAAGACAAAAACAGAUGUGCUCAUCCUCCCAGAAGAGGUGGAAUGGAUCAAAUUUAACGUGGGAAUGAAUGGCUAUUACAUUGUGCAUUAUGAGGAUGAUGGAUGGGAUUCUUUGACGGGCCUUUUACAAGGAACCCACACAGCAGUCAGCAGUAAUGAUCGGGCCAGUCUCAUUAACAAUGCAUUUCAGCUUGUCAGCAUUGGAAAGCUACCGAUCGAAAAAGCCUUGGAUUUAACCCUGUACUUGAAACAUGAAACAGAAAUCAUGCCUGUGUUCCAAGGUUUGAAUGAGCUGAUACCUAUGUAUAAGUUAAUGGAGAAAAGAGAUAUGAAUGAAGUGGAAAUUCAAUUCAAGGGCUUUCUCAUCAGGCUGCUGAGGGGCCUCAUUGACAAGCAGACCUGGACUGACGAGGGCUCUGUCUCAGAGCGAAUGCUGCGGAGCCAGCUCCUCCUCCUCGCCUGUGUACGCAAGUAUCAGCCCUGCGUGCAGAGGGCAGAAGGCUACUUCAGAGCAUGGAAGGAAUCUGAUGGAGACUUAAGGCUGCCCAAUGAUGUGACGAUGGCAGUGUUUGCUGUGGGGGCCCAGACCACUGAAGGAUGGGAUUUUCUGUAUCGUAAAUAUCAGUCUUCUCUGUCCAGUACCGAGAAAAACCAAAUUGAAUUUGCCCUCUGUAUUAGCCAAAACAAGGAAAAACUCCAGUGGUUACUAGACCAAAGUUUUAAGGGAGAUGUAAUAAAAACUCAAGAGUUUCCAGCUAUUCUUCGCUCUGUUGGCAGAAACCCAGUGGGAUAUCCACUGGCCUGGCAGUUUCUGAAGGACAAUUGGAAUAAACUUAUACAAAAGUUUGACCUUGGCUCUCCUUCCAUAGCCUACAUGGUGAUGGGAACAACAAAUCAGUUCUCCACAAGAGCACGGCUUGAAGAGGUAAAAGGAUUCUUCAGCUCUUUGAAAGAAAAUGGUUCUCAGCUCCGUUGUGUCCAACAAACAAUUGAAACCAUCGAGGAAAACAUACGUUGGAUGGAUAAGAAUUUUGAUAAAAUCAGAGUGUGGCUCCAAAACCAAAAUCUUGAACUGCUCUAACAGACUGUUUCCUUGUUGGUUCCUGUGAUCUGUAGUCACCUACAUGUUGUUGGAUGUGAAUACCUUCUACCUAGAGAUGGCUGUUUGGGCUGCCCCCUGAAGACACCUCCUUUUCCUUUAGCUUCUUCCUCAUUUGACCAGGCCUUAAUUUUCCCAUCAAUGGGUUAUUUCUUUUGUGUGUUUCAUUUACAGGUGUUGCCUACAAUGUAAACCCAAGAGGCGGGUUCCUCACUAUUGAGGAGUAAAGUGCUUUAUUCUUAUUUUUUAUUUUAUACUUAAGCCCCUCAGUCUCUAAACCCUUCCCUCCCACCUUUGUCAUUCAGAAACUUUUUUGUUAGUCUCCUUGGAACGCUGUGCACGGUGGGAACUACUGAGUGACCAUUUGGAUCCGCCUUUUAGAUACUGUGUUUUAAAAAGAUUAAGUUUGCAUCUAUGUGUAUUUAUGGAAUACACAUGAAAUAGACACACUCAGAACCAGGGUGUCUGAUCUGCUUCUGCCUUCUCUUCUUUGCCCGUGCCCAGGGGCGAAUGUGAGGCCACCUCCUCGGGCUUCCUGGCCUCCAGCUUGUGGUCAGUCUCCCGGGAGGGCAGGUUGUGGUGGGGGAGAGGAGGUGGGUGUCCUCUCCGAGGUCCCUUCGGGCUGCCUCAGGCUGGCCUCCACUGCUCUGGAGGUGGCCCCUUUGCCCACUGAGCCUUCUCCAUCUCCACGUUCUAGCAACUGCUUCCUUCUCGUCCCCAAAGGGUGAGAAGAGAAGUGGCAGCCUGGCUUUUACCAGUCUUGGCUGUACCUGUGGUUUCCAUACAUCCCUGUCCUGCCAUUGUUUAAAAACAAAACACCACCUUGAAUGACACCCUCCUCAAGUAAUCCUAAUUUGAGUGUCAUCUACUCCUCAGGGAUCCUGACUGAUAGUGUCCCUUCUGAAACGGCAGAGUACAUUCAGGUCUAGAGAAGGAACCUGUGGCUUGAAGUUGAACCUGAGAGCUCUUGAUCCUUAGGUAGGUGCUUGUUGUUUGGCCUAGUUUACAAUUCCUGAAUUACUCAGUAUUGCCAGUUAUUGCCAAUAAGCCAUCGCAGAGUCUCCUGUAAAUGACAAUGUAUGGUGAAACUGAAACUAUUUUAUAUUCCUCUAACUGAGAAAUCUUUUAUGAGGUUUUUAAUGCAGAAUUUUCAAGAUAAAGGAAUGUGAUAGGGAAAAUGUCAAAAUGUGUUCUCGUACACCAGGAAUAGCGACUCUUUCUGGGCCUAAAUGCAUUUACAAUUCCAUUUUUAAACAUUGCAUGGUUUAAUGGUUUGAGAAAUAGAAACAGAAAUCACUGGUAAUUGCUACCCCAGGUAUUUUCCGUCCAAAAACAUACAAAGCCAAGAUUUGAAUGUAAAAUAUUUUUAAUUGUAUUUUACAUCUUGAUUAAAGAAAUAUGAAAUGUGGAAAUAGUGGUCUUCAGUUUGGUCACCUGAGGAACCUACUUUCCAAUGCGUUGGGAGAAGUCCAUUUCCUAAACGGACACAAUAUUGCCACAGCAAUGUGCAAAACCUGUUCGGUAAUAAAAGGCUAUAAUUUA